AUGUCCGCACAACUCGCGGAGGACUCGUCAGACGGCGACGACGCGACUCUCGUCGGUCUGCGGGCAAUAGGCGAAGAUGAACCACUCGUCGACCCAAACGCGGACACCUUCGAGCUCGACCUCGGCGCGGGCCGACGAGUGGUCAUACCGAUGGACCGCGCAGCCCAGCGCCGCGGCGUCGCCGGCGCGUCGGGCACGGAGGCCGCGUCGGAGACCGGCGCGGUCGUCUGGGACGGCGCGGUACUGCUAGCGCGUCGCCCGGCACGGCGCCCAAACGAAAAGCGCAACGUACUGGAGCUGGGCGCGGGCUGCGGGCUGACAGGUAUAGCCUGGGCCGUGACCCUGGGGGCCAACGGCUGCAAUUUGACCUUGACCGAUAGACCGCACCGGCUCCAGGCGCUGCGAGAAAACGCUCGGCGCAACGGCGUCCAGGCAACGGUUGCGGCUCUAGACUGGACGCGGGCCCUGGAAGACGCGGCACAACUCGAGUUGUUUGGCUCUUCAGAUGUCGUCCUCGCGGCGGACUGCGUGUACGACGAGGCGCUCGCCACGCCCCUCGUGCGCACGAUCUCCUACGCGAUGCACGACGAGUCGAUCGCCUUCGUCGCGGUCGACGAGGCGAAUCGGCGGCCCGCGGCCCUCAGGGCCUUCCUGCGCGUCGCCGAGCGCGCGUUUAGCUAUUUCAGGGAGGAAUCAUAUGGAAUGGAACCGCGGAGCCGAUGGAGCCACGGCCACGACCGUGAGUCCAUCCGGCUCUUCGUAUUUCGCGGCCCGCGGCUCUUCGACCCGCGACGGCCUCUUCGCGUAAUAAUAGCAGGCCCCUGCGGCUGCGGCAAGACCACGGUCGGCAGGGAGCUGGCCGCGGUCCUCGGCCUCCCGUUCAUCGAGGGCGACGACCUGCACCCCGAGGCCAACCGGGCGAAGAUGGCGCGCGGCGAGCCGCUCGACGACGCCGACCGCGCGCCCUGGCUCGAACGCAUCCGGGCCGCGGUCGGCGCCAGCCAGGAGGGCGCCGUCGCGAGCUGCUCGGCGCUCAAGCAGAUUUAUCGAGACGCGCUCGGCCCGGUGCGCAUCGCUCUGCUGGACGUGCCCGAGGCCGUCGCGCGGGAACGGGUCGAAAAGCGGUCGGGCCACUACAUGCCCGCGUCGCUCGUCGCGUCGCAGUACGCGGCGCUCGAGCUGCCCGCGGUAGAGUGCCGGGCCUUGGUCUUCGACGGGACGCUCGCGCCGGCCGCGCUCGUCGACGAGAUCGUCGGGACGAUCGCCAAGGACGAGCUCUGGCGUCGGUCCUGCCGCUGACUAAGCUUUUUGU